GAUUAAGCCCAGAAGUGUCCUUUAACCACAGUGGAAGUUCCAAGUUGUUGAUUUUGGAGACAGUUAGGCCUGAGGAACGAGCAGAAUCAAUAUGGCUCAGAAGACUGUGCUUAUCACAGGAUGCUCUUCUGGUAUAGGGCUGGCAAUUGCUGCCAAAUUAGCCAGGGAUGAGCAGAAGAGAUUCAAAGUAUAUGCCACAAUGAGAAACCUAGCAAAAAAAGAUGAUCUGGUUGAAGCCACGGAAGGAUAUUUGGGAAAAACAAUGGAAAUCAAAGAGAUGGACGUGUGUUCUGAAGACUCCAUACGCAACUGUGUCAGCAGCAUUCCCGAUAGACACAUUGAUAUUUUGGUGAGCAAUGCUGGAGUGGGACUCAUUGGGCCAAUUGAAUGCCAAACCAUAGAAGAAAUGAAAAACGUGAUGGAUACAAAUUUCUUUGGACUAGUCCGACUACUGAAGGAAAUCUUACCAGACAUGAAGAGAAGAAAGAGUGGACAUAUUGUAAUAAUCAGCAGUGUAAUGGGGAUACAAGGGAUCCUGUUCAAUGAUGUCUAUGCAGCUUCCAAGUUUGCAGUUGAAGGCUUUUGUGAGAGUCUGGCAAUACAAGCCCUAAAGUUCAAACUCAAUCUGAGUCUCAUUGAGCCUGGACCUGUCAUCACAGAGUUUGAAAAAAAAGUGUUUGAAGAUGGAAUGAAAAUGGACCUUUCCGCUGCAGACAAGGAAACAGCUGAUAUGUUCACCAACAUCUACCUUAAAAAUUACAAAUCCAUCUUCCAAAGUCUUGGGCAGACAGCUGAAGAUGUGGCAGAGCACACUAUGAAGAUAGUGCUCUCUGAAAAUCCACCAUUCCGUCACCAGACAAACACAUUAUACACCCCGAUGACGACACUGAAAUAUGCCGAUCCCAACGGUGAUCUGCCCAUUGACACAUUUUAUAAGAUGGUCUUCCAGCAUGAUAAAAUUUUCAAUGCCAGCCUUAAUUUCAUCAAGCUCUUGAGAUGGAGAAGUAAAAAAAGCUUUGACCUUGGAAAACCACAGCCACAAUAAGUGUAGUUGAUAAAUACCCCAUACAGAGCUCUUUCUUUUCUUUCUUUGUAUAUAAAAUACAUUUAUGUUAAACUGUGUCUGCAGUAUACCGCAGUAUAGGAAUUCACUAUAUCUGCCAUUUUGGGAUUAGGCUGAAUAGUGAACCAAAUCUUAAAGUGAUCCUGUCAUCGGAAAACAUGUUUUUUUUUUCAAAACGCAUCAGUUAAUAGUGCUACUCCAGCAGAAUGGU